AUGCCAGGAGGACCCCCGCCAGCGACCGACAUUCAUAGCAAGGACGCUACAUCAACCUGUCAAUUACAAAGUGUCUUUGAAGAGAUAGCAGAAGCUUCCAGCGCCGAGCGACACCCAUCAAGUGAGGAGAGCUUGUCCAUCCUCCUCUCUCUACCAGCCGAGCUAAGGACCGCGAUCUACGAACCAGCAAUUCUUGCUAGCGACAGCGACCUCGUCAUACUCAAGACGUGUCGGCAGGUGUAUAUGGAAGCAUCGCCCAUGCUCUGGCAGCGUCCCGUGUGCUUUGCGAGCCAGGUGAAGCUCUUCACCUGGAUUCAAAGAAGCGCCGAGACAGAUAUUCGGCGGGUCAGGACGCUCAGCUUACGCCUCAUGGACGUUGACCUUUCUUCUCUGAUUGACAUGAGCCCCAGAAGAGGGCAGAGACCUAGUGCCUGGGGUCUGUAUCAGCAAGAACUCGAAAGCUUGAACGAUGCAUUGCAGAGAUUGCCUGCUUUGGUUGACCUCACUAUCAUUCCUUGCGACCGGACAGGUUCUCAACUCUUGAGCGGGAUGUACUAUUCAUUUCUUGGCAUGAUUCCGGUACAUCUUCCGAGGCUGAAGCAGCUCACUAUCCAUGACUGCGAGAGCGUACUCGAGAAAGUGCCGAGCCUGAGGCAGCUCAGCAAAGUGAUCUUCGAUGAUAGUCGGCGAGGGUCCAGCAGUCCUUCGAGCACAUCGCCAACGAGUCGAGGAAAGAGGCGGGUAUACCUGAUCAAGCAUGAGGACUCGACACCGAUCAAGAUGGAGCUGUGUGAGGAGGACCGAUUAUGA